GCCGGCUUUCUCAUCGCAAGUCCACCCACAACCGACCCCCGAGAUGGUCAUAGAGGGGCGAGGAGGGAUCUCGGGGCAUAUAUCAACCCUGUAACCACCUACAUCAACCAGCGCCAGUUUUGACAUCAUCAGAUCCUGGUCUAGCGUUCGACCUACCGGUAACAUCAUGUCUUCGACAUCAGACCGCUUUUCAGCAGCAUCAGAAAAAUUCACCACAACAUGCUCGGCAUCACAAACUGUGCAGGUCGAAUUUGGAGGUCAGAAGGUCGAUAUACCCAAAGGAGGUUACUAUGACCGCUACCGUAUGAACCCGAACCUCGAUGAGGUAGCCCAGGACCCGAAUGUCGGACACGAUAUUACAUUCCUGCGGAAAAUCCCUAAAAAACUGGUUGACUCGAGGGUCGGUCAAGUAUAUGCACCCAACUUCUACUAUCGCACUAGCAGCGUUCAGCUCGUCAUGCUCGCGCCUCUUGACCGCUUGAAGUCUAAGCUUCCGCCACCUUUGGAGCCCAUCACAGUAUUGCCUGGCUACGGUUUAGUUGCAUUGACAUUUUAUUCGUAUCUGGUCUGCGAUAAUGAUCCUUAUAACGAGGUCUCGAUCGCCAUCAUCAUUCGACAACCGGGUAGCACGAGUUACAGUUCCACACAACUUCUCAGCUCUAUAUGGAACCGCACAUUCUACGGCUAUGUCUUGGCUCUUCCAGUCGAUACCGAGAUUGCUCGGGUGAGGGGAAUAUAUGGAUAUCAACUCCCUAAGUGGAUGGCCAACAUUAACCUGAACAUGGACGAUCACAACAUCAAGGCCGAUAUCAGCGCGACCAACGGAACACCAGAUCUGACACUGAAUGUACCCCUUCCAGCGUUGAGGACCAUUCCCUCAGAAUCACAAAUUGGGACUAAUAACGCGGUCAACAAGAUUGACGGGAAAUGGUACCAGGUGGCUGUUCAGACGAACCCCCUUUUGGCGACACAGUGUCUUUUCCCUACCAAUGUCAAGCUCGCUCGGAACGAAGGUCCGUUGAGUCAACUCCUCAACGAGCUCGGCGUCUCGACUAUUGUGCGGAUGGAUGUUAUUAAGGAUGCGCAGAUGGUCUUGAAUAUGCCCACUCCAUUGAAAGUUUUUAACAGGGUUGGAUCAUUAGCUUAGCAGCAAAGUUUUGUCGAAGGGUCUAAUAUUUGAGUUGUCAUUCUUUCAUAUCGAGCUGAACAAUAUAUUAUAUAGGGUUCAAUGAUGACUAGCGUCUAUAAUGGUUCAAGUGCGGAUUGAUUGGCCAUUUGGAAGCACAUAUGACAUGUCUCUUGCGACUGCCUUUGGGAUAUGCUACAAGCAAGGUAAU